GUAGAAAGUCUAAAUACAGUACAGUAGCAAACCCCUCGCCCUUCUCAUCUUCUCAUCUUCCCACCAAACACGGACAAGCAACCGUAGCGAGCAGACCGAAAAAGAUCCCUUCUCGCUGCCAUCUCCUAUUGUCACACCACAUCCCGUCUCACGGAUUCUUCUUCAUACGACUCUGUCCACAAGUAGAAUGGUUCUGUUUCUGCCCGGCUCCUUCUUCAGAAAAGAAAGGGGGCGCUGCUGUCGCGGGUCGCGCAGGGUCGCAGAUAAGGCCAAGCCGUCAGAGACCCACGGGAGGCGAGUUUCAUCAACCACCUCUCUAACACGCCCACCUCCCCGCUUAUCCAUCCCGUCUUUCCAUCGCAGGACGCGGGUCCACCACAUUGUGACUGCGAUAAAAGUAAGACAGGCAGACAAGGGAGCCUGGGGGAGCGAAGAGGAAGGCAAGAGCUAUUGUCUGUGGUAA